ACCUCUUCAUCUUCUCCCCCAAAUCACCUAAUAACUCAGAACACCUAGGGUUUAUUUCUGCAGAAAACGAGUUGGAACAGCGUAUUAACUCACUGAGUCAAUGGAGGCACCACCCGGUGUCACCGCCGCGUCGCUACCGAUGCACCGCAAAGAAUGGCGAGCUGUCUCCGAACAUCUGCAGAACUCCACCAACGAGCAACCGGCUGACGUGGACUUCUGUUCGGUUACAAAUAUGGACAAUGAGUUUCAGCAGCGGCUUCAUACUGUUGUUAAGCAAAGGGAAGAGUUGCAGCGCAUAGAGACUGGGCUUAAGGCGGAGCUUAUAGCACGAUCACAGAUCUUAUCUUUGCAGAACACUUAUGAGUCUCAGAUCAAGGAGCAUGUUAAUGCUAAUGUGAAGCUUCAAGAGCAAUUGCGGGAAAGGGAACAGGCUAAACAUGAACUGGAAAGGGAGAUUGAAAAUAAAGAAAGAGAGCUACAUGCUAUUAGAUUAGAUACUAAAGCGGUCUGGGCCAAAGAUGAUCUUCUCCGAGAACAAAACAAAGAACUCGCAACUUUUAGGAGGGAGCGUGAUAGUUCAGAGGCUGAAAGAGCACAGCAUAUUAAACAAAUCCAUGACUUUGAAGAACACAUUCAGGAGAAAGAGCGUCAGUUGGCGGAGUUGCAGGAACAGCAUAGAGCAUCGCAGGACACUCUAAUAUAUAAAGAUGAACAACUAAGAGAAGCACAAACAUGGAUCACACGAGCGCAGGAAAUGGAUGCAUUGCAAACAAGUACAAACCAAGCCUUACAAGCUGAACUUCGAGACCGCACUGACCAAUAUAAUCAGCUAUGGUUGAAUUGUCAAAGACAGUUUACAGAAUUCGUGCAUACAAUACAAGCGCUGCAGAUUGAGCUGGCAGAUGUAAAAGAAGGAAAUGCAACUUCUAAUGAUGAAUCACGUGACUUAAAGAAAAAAGAUGCUUCACAGCCUGGGAAAAAUGUUGAACGCCAACUUGAUGUUAGUGGGGAUUCGCAAACUCAUGAUUCUGCAUCUCUCCCUAAUGGAAACUUGGAGAAUGAUUCAUCAUCUCUGUCCCUAGGAAAUGCUCUGGCACAGGUUGGUCAGACCAAUCCUGUUGCUGCUGUUCCUGUUAUUCCUCAGUCGCUGGUUGGGAUGCCUACUUACCUCCCUGGGCAGGUGGCAGCAUUGCAUCCUUUUCUUAUACAUCCACAAGUGGUACCCCAAUCUGGCCCUACUACUGUUCCUCCGUCUCAUACCCCCUAUUUUCACUCAGUACCAUUGGUAUCAUCUCUCCAACAUUGGCAGAACCAACAGGCUGCAUCAGAAGGUUUGCAGAUGCCAACGCAUGAUCAAUAUUCUUCAUCACAAAGUGGACAAAAUCUGGAUAGAACAGAAAAUACUAAUGACUAUGAAGUGCCUGUUAAUGGGAAACCUAGCCAUCCAGAAUUCAUUGAUCAUAUCAGUCAGGGGUUAGAACCUCAGGCUGUGGUUCCAACUCCAAAUGACAGGGCAGAGGAUCUGGAAUCUAUGAAACGCGGCAUUACAGAUUCUCAACCUCAGAACAAUGUGCAACAACUAUCAUCUCAGUUUCAGGAUGGUUUAAAAUUGGAUUCUCUUAUGCAUAGUAGUGAGACUGAGACUAUUAACACUCUGGGGAAAGCAGAUGCCCAAGUUUCUAGGACUCAACAACCCACUUCAGCUGCCAAAAUAUCUGAAGAACCGGUGAACAGGAUAAAUUCAAUUGAGCAAUCUACAGAUAUCAGUGCUAAUGUUACAUUACCUUCCGAAGGUUCUAUCUCUUCGGAGGAGAAGACUCAAAUUUCGGUUGGAAAGAGCUCAGAAAUCACUCUUCUUGACCAAGGGUCGCUGUUGCGCUGCAUUGUUCGCACAAUUCCACUAAAUGGUAGAAUCAGGAUCAGUUCAACGCUACCCAACAGGCUUGGAAAAAUGCUUUCACCUCUACAUUGGCACGACUACAAGAAAAGUUAUGGAAAACUCGAUGACUUCGUAGCCGGUCAUCCUGAACUGUUUGUCAUUGAAGGCGACUAUAUACAGCUUAGGGAAGGUGCACAAGAGAUCAUUGCAGCCACUGCAGCUGUAGCUCAAGUUAAAGCAGCUGCAUCCGCAACAGUGUCGAGCUCAUCAUUGUUUCCUUCUGUUGCUGUCACUCCCAUGGCUCAGCAACACAGAUUGAAGAGGGAACACUCAACCUCCCGACCUGGAAACGUUGCUGACAAUCAUCCGCCGCCUUUGAUGACUAUGCAGUCUUCUUCUGGGAAUGGAGCAACUGUAGAUAGUUCUGAUGGAAUUAGUUCUCAAGUUAGGGGUUCAGUGCAGGGCAGGGGGAAUGCUAAUUAUGUUGCGAAACAGGGCAGGACAAGUGGAACUUCAUCAAAAACAAGAAGAUAGAUGUUGGAAGAUGCUUGAUCACUGUAGCAAUACUCUGUUCAGCUACUGCAAAUGAUGUAUUUUGUUGACGGGAUCAUAUAUUUUGCGUUACAUAGAAAAAACUUACAAAGCCAUCUUGAGCUUAGGUUUUCAUGGGAGAACCAAUUUUUACUAUUUUGAUACUCAAAAUGUGUACAUCCAAUUGGUUUAUAGAUGCAGACUUUGAACAUGCGCUCGUUAUGGUUCCCAUUGUUAUUUGCGUUUUUAAACUGGAUCAACACAGGAUUUUUUUUUCAAAAAAGCAAGCUACUUAUA